AUAGGCUACUUUGACUUUUGUUAAAACUCAAUAAAAGCAACUUUAUUUUACGUGAAGGAAAAUGAACUCAUAACUUAAGUGUUAAUAUUAGUACCUAGUGUAGAGAGAGCUAUAAUUAACUGUAGUAUUUAGUGCGUGCUUUUAUUUGUGAAACAUGUCGCGUGAUCCUCGAGAGUCUCGAGACCCUAGGAAGGGUUAUUACAACCGGGAUUGGGAUAGAGACCGGGAUCGUGAUCCCCGAGAACGAAAUCGUGAUCGUGAAUACCGGCAUCCAAUUCCGAAGCGAAGCCGCAGCCCUCUGAGGGAUGAGAAGCGGCGUAGCCGCUCCCCAAGGAUGAAACCCGACAAGGACCUAGAUGAGAACAUUUUGAGUGAGAUCUCCAAGCUGCCUGAACCGAGUGAAUUGUGGGAGCCGAAUCAGUUCCCAGACUCUGGCUUUGCGCCCCCGCCGCCGUCCUUCCAACAAUCGGAGUCAAAUCCUUCAUUCAGCAACUACCCGCCACCUUCCUACUCCGGCAUCUACGAUGACUUCCCUCCCGUUGCGGCGGUGCCUCCGACCCCGCACCCACCGGAGAUUGGCAACUGGAACCAGCUGUCACUGCCGCCGCCACCAACAGCACUUCCACAAUUUAAUGUUGAAGAUCAGAUCAAGAAAGAAGCGGCGAUUGAGUCGGAAAUGCGCCACCAGAAGGCAGCACUGUCCAAGCAGCGCGAGGAAUACAUGAAAAAGGCGGGAAUAUUGAAAAAGGAACUCGAAACGCUUAAAGACCAGCGCAACGAACUCCGCGGCGACCCGAAACGAUCGCCCUCGCCGGACACUAAACGGUUUUUAAAGGAGAAUACCAAACUACAGUUGGAGAUUCAGAACAAGCUGAAGACCAUCAACAAUGUGGUGGACAUGCUGAACGGCAUCAUCGGAGAGGAAGCUGAGGCGGCCCUGGACUCCGGGGACUCCAGCCCCGACCUCAAGAAUAAAAGGAAAUCCAGGUCGCCAACGAACAAGAAAUUCAACUAUGUGUACUACGACCCGGAGAUGCAUUGGUGUCGCGUGUGCAACGAGUUCCCACCUACGGCCAAGGAUUACUUGAACCAUCUACACUCGCCGGCUCAUCAGAAAAUGGCGGCAGCGCACAUGGAAGCCCCGUGGCACAGCGUGACGACGGCCAACGAGGGGUUUCCCAGCUUCCCAUCGGCGCCCACCAAGCGGACACCUAUCAGAGGCUUACAAUUCUUCGUGCCGUCGACGGCGUGGUACUGCAAGCUGUGCGACCAGUUCAUCGGCGACCUGCACUGCGCUUCUGCGCAUCUCAAGUCUAUCGUGCAUUCCAAGAACUAUACCAACUUCGUAGAACAGAACCCGCACUGGGAGACCGACUGGAUGUCGGACCGUCAGAAGGCGUUCGAAAAGGCGCGCGGCUCCAAGGUGAAGGAAGACCCCGCGAAGGCCGCCCAGCAAGCCGCAGCCGCAGCGAGCAGAUACGCCGCGCACACCAUCACAUUCAACAAAGACGGUUUCCACACAAAACGUAAGGACAGCCCGCAACCGCCGCCCGAAAUCAAAGAAGAGAAGCAAAAGAAGAAGAAGAAGGAAAAGAAGAAGAAGAGCAAGAAGAAGAAGGGGAAGAGCUCCAGCAGCAGCUCGUCCAGCUCCUCAAGCAGCUCCGAGAGCGACACUGUGGCUAAGAAGAAGAAAAAAAAGUGGCUUGCGAAUGCUGAAGCCCGUUUGAACGAGAGUGACCGCCAGCUUCUGGACUCACUAAAGAGCCGGAUGACCAGGAACCGGGACGCGCCCGUCCGGGACACAAGGGACUCCAGGGACACCAGAGACAGUAGGGACAGAGGCGCUUCUAGAAAGAGGGAGGCGGAGCGGCGCGGGUCCCGCUCGCGUUCGUCCCGGGAGCGCGGGGAGUCCCGGGGCCGCGAGCGCGGGGAGUCCCGGGGCCGCGAGCGCCGCUCCGGGUCCCGCGGCCGCAGCCCGGGCGGCGCCCGGAAGCCGGAGAUCAGGAAGAUGCCCUUCAUCGGUAAAAUGCCCGUGUACAAAAACUUGAGCAAAACUACCAAAACUGAGGAACAGAAGAAAGAAGAGGUAAAAAAGAAGGAAGAAGAGGAAGCUACCAAGAAGAGAAGAGACGAGAUGGACGCAGAAAUACAAAAGAAGGUGUUGGAGUUUAAAGAGAAGAUAGCCCGCGCGCAGAUCCAGCAGGAGAUCGGUCCGCCCGCCGUGGCGCUGCCCACGUCGCUGGGCGCGCCCGUGGCCUUCCUCCCGCAGCCGCUCCCCCUCCCCCUCCCGCCGCCGCCCGCCGCCCCCCAGCCCCAGCCCGCGCCGCCGCCGCCGCAGCCUGCCGCGCUGCUGCCACGGAUGAAGCCUUCGAGCAACACGGAAGGGAGGCGGCAUUCGCACAAUUUCCCCUCUGCCGAGUAUACCGGUCUUACCUUACAUGAUUGUUACAGAACACCACCGCCCCCUACUCCAAGCAACCUCUCCAAGGACUUCCAAGAUGCUCUGGACAUCAUCUUCCCCUCCGAAGUGAAGAAACAAGCGGACGCCCUCCAAGCGCAACAGGAACUCUUCGCCGCCGCCAUGCCCUUCGGCCCCCUCGGCGGCGUCAUGCCCCCCUUCCCCCCACUAGGCCUCAUGCCCCCGCAAAUGCCCCCAGGCAUGAUGAUGGGCUUCGACAUGAACCCCCCACCCCUCAACCCUAAUCUUUUUCCUCCUAGACCGCAGCUAUAUGACACUCAUGUUCCCCUAGUACCCAGCCCGAAACCAAGACAGCAGAAUAAGAGACCUAUGAAUAAACAGCAUAAUAAUAAACCUAUCAACCAGCAUAACCAGAAUCAAAAUAAGCCGCAGAAUCAGACACAACCUCAACAGAAUCAACAGAGUCGGAAGCCAGCAGAGAAGCCGAAAGAAGAAAACGGAAGCGUGGCAAAGAAGAAAGAAGAAUUGGAUGACUUGGCUAUGUUGGGCAUCGAUGCGGGCGACGUCGCUGGGAUGUAGAUGAAAAUCUAUUUUACAAAUAUGUAUAUUUACAGAACGAUUCAACCCUUAUCAAGGGAUUUACCAUGUGGUAAAUCCCUUGAAAAAGCACUCAAACAAAUCCUUACUAAUUAUUAAUUUGAAAGCGAAAGUAACUCGGAACAAGUUUGGUACGGAGAUAGUUGGAGGCCCGAGGAAGGACAUAGGAUAGUUUUUAUCAAUCAUCAUCAUACCACGUAGACGAAGUCACGGGCAGAAGCUAGUAUUUAAUAAUCAAUAAGUUAUAUGUGUUCUGGAAUGUAAGACUGACAUUCGAUUGUCAUUUUUGAACUGUAAGCACUUAAGAUUUAAAAAGCUGGCAAGGUCGCCAUGUAAGGGCCUUAUCACGGCGGUUUGCAGGCGAGCGCGCAACGAGUCCACCGCGAGCGCACAACUAUUUCGCUGCGUAUAAAGAACUGGCUGCGCGCUCAUCGCCAGCGUGAUAAAGACCUAAGAAUGGACGUAUUUUGUAACUAAAAUACGAAGAUAUAUAGAUCAUUUUAAAUUCUGACUUUGAAUCCACAAAACCUUUGACCUUUGCUUUAACACUGAUCAAGUCAUUAAUGCAUCCCUACAUUCAACAAGCAUCACGUCAAUAUUAUGUUACUGUUUUGCUUUUGAACAGCCAAAAUUUUACAUAAUGCUCUGGUUUCCUAUAGCAGGCGUCUCCAUACAAAUACUACGACUUCCAUAUUUAGCCGUAUUAUUUAGUAUGGAGACGGCCGCUAUAUGACGGCACCGCUAUCCUAGGAAAACCGAUCUUUAGUCUACGAAUGGUUAAGGUCGGUCCUGGGACUCGAAGGAAUAAAAUGUAAUAUGUAAUAAAAUUGCUCUUUUUAGGGUUCCGUACCCAAAGGGUAAAACGGGACCCUAUUACUAAGACUCCGCUGUCCGUCCGUCCGUCCGUCAAUCACCAGGCUGUAUCUCACGAACCGUGAUAGCUAGACAGUUGAAAUUUUCACAGAUGAUGUAUUUCUGUUGCCGCUAUAACAACAAAUACUAAAAAGUACGGAACCCUCGGUGGGCGAGUCCGACUCGCACUUGUCCGGUUUUUUUAAGAUUGACAAACUGAGUACCCAAGUACAACAGAAUACAUGGCUUUUAAAACUAAGAAUUAAAUGUAUAAUUUUGUAUCAAAGACGCAAAAUAGUUAAAAAAAAACUAAAACAGUUUCAAUUAAUUGAAACUUAUUACUAAUUUAAUCAUGAACUUGUCAAUCUGAUUGAAUUUGAUAUCAUUAAAUCAUUCCACUUUUAUUUUAGAUCACUUUGCAUCGUAGUUUAAAAUAACUAUAUGUAUCUAUAAAUAAUUCAAAGAAAACCUUUACAUUGUGACUUCAGUAGUUAACAAAGCGAGUUUUUUUAACGUAUCAAAUCAAAAGUAUAAAGUUUUGAAUAUUUUAAAAUUGAAAAAAAUCGAAAGUGUAUUAAGCCAUUAUUUUACAACCUAUUUAGUUUAAUGUUGACCCAUACGCGAAGUAGGGUCAUACAAUUUCCAUUUUAUGCAAAAUAUCUCCCCUACUAGGCAUUUAAAUUCUACUAAUAGAAUUGAAACCAAGUGGCCAAUACCACUCGAUUCCCAAUAUCUAUCGCUCGUAUUUCAAAAUUAUCAAUUCGCCGUUUUCCACAAACUUUCGAGUGACGAAAUCGAGCGCUCGAAAGAACGUAUCCUAGAGGGUUUAUGAUAUUUAUGUAGAUAAAGAUACAAAUAGUCUUCUAAGGGCCACUUGCACCAUUCACUAACCCGGGGUUAACCGGUUAAACCUGGAGUUACCAUGGUUAACAGUACAAUUUGACACUGCGUUAACGGUUUAACCGCUUAACCCCGGGUCAGUGGGAUGGUGCAAGUGGCGCUAAAAAAUGUUUUGCCGUUACUCUGACUGCACUGAUUUUUUUUACGAGUACAGGCUAUUCUGUAUAUGCAGUCGUAAUAUAAGUAAUUGUGCGUUGUCUAAGUUGUCAUAUAUAAUGUAUGUAAAAAUAAUUUGACUGUAUUUUUGUAUUUGUGAUAUUAAUAUCGUCAUUAUCGAAA